AUGUUUCGCUUAUUCUUUGUGUUGGCUCUUGCCUUUUUGUUGAGUUCCUUCGCAAAAUCAAAGAACAAAUGUGCUAAUCAGAGUCGUGGAACAGCGGCAAGAUCAAACUGCAGUGCUUCACAAGCUGGAUACUGUAAAGAUGGAAAAGACGGAAAAGAUGGACAAAACGGAAAAGAUGGACGCGAUGGAAUAAACGGUGAUGGAGAGAAAGGUGAACCAGGCAUGCCUGGUGUGAAUGUAAAUGCUAGCAUCAAGGCUGCUUGCUUUUUCAUCGAGGGCGAGAAAGGAUCUGUUGGACAGAAAGGAUCACAAGGACAAAAGGGACAGAAAGGAAUGCCGGGAACAUGUGAUGACCUGAGCUCCUCGUCAUCCUCCGGGAAAAGAAGGUGUUGUAAAGAUGAAUGUGCCACUGGUUUCCACUUCUUCGAGAAAAUUCAAGACUUACCAACCAGAGGAGCUACAGUUGUUCAACAUUUUAUCAUUAAUGGAAGUCUGUUCCUCACCUUUGGCAACUCUAGAGGAGAUAUCCACAAAAUCAAGACAAGCUCCGUGGUUUACAAUAUGGAUGAAUCGACUGAAAAGUUCACAUUGUACCGGACCCUGCCAAUUAAAAGUGUAUGUGGCCUUGAGCACAUUUCUAUCUCUGAUAAACACUUCCUAGCUGUGGCUUAUCAACGGGUUGGUACGCACCAACUUGACUCUCUAGUCUUUCAGUGGAAUGGACAGCAGUUUGUGGUAUUUCGGAAAUUACAAACAAAAGGAGCUGCAUUAAAUAGAGAAAAAUAUCUCACAGUGGCAAACUAUCAUGAUGGAGGUACCUACUCAACAAAAUCAGUCAUCUACCUAUGGAAUGGCGUCAAGUUCAACAAGUUCCAGGAGAUAGCAACUAAAGGAGCUAGAGGAUGUGCGGCAUUUGGAAUAAACAAUGUCACUAACAUCGCUUUCGCCAACUAUUACAACUCUCAACAGAAGUUUUCUGUUCUGUCCACUGUCUUUAUGUGGUCAGGAGGACACUUUGUCAAACUACAGUCUCUUCAAACUUACGGAGCAUAUGACGUGAAGUCUGUUAAUAACAAUGGCCACACAUUCCUCUCUUUUGCCUGCUUCUACUCUGGAAGCUCCUACAACAUUGACUCGUUUAUUUAUAAAUAG